ACCACUAUCUACACGUAAAGUUCCACCGACAGGUACUCAGAGUCAUAAACAGAAUCAUUUCCUUGGGAUGCUUUUCCAGAUAUGCAGCGACCCGUGCAACCGGCAAAGACCUGGCGCUGGGGCUGCUGUGUUCUUGCACCUGAUAGCUUAUACAUCAUAACUUACACAGGUGAGUGUGCAUGUGUAGCGCCCAGCCGUUCCUAUCUCUUCCCUGUUCAAUCCAUAUCUAGCUAUGGAAGUUUCUGAAGAUGAUAACCAGCGACCAAAUAACUCUGGUGUGAUUCACAUAAUUCGAGAUCUUCGUGGGCCAAUCACGAAUGUUAGCUGCCGGUCCCCAGCUGAACAACCUCAUAUCCUAGACGAUUUGGAAUACCUGCAGAAUGGCCAACCGUUUGUCGGCACGGACGAAUAUUUCCACGCCGAAGGCUUGGACUUGGACGGAAGUAGUUUCGUCGUUGAAGAGGAAGAGGACAGUACGGAUGUUUAUCCCUGUUACAUUAUGAGGGCAGCAUCUCUCUUGGAGACGCCAUCCUCAACAUCGUCAGGUGGUAUAGACGGAGUCUACGCUCCCUACCAUCCACGACAAUUUUAUCACUUCUGGAAACUCAUCAUGUCGUUCUUUUUUCCACCGCCAGAGGGGUACACUUGUCAGUACGAUUGGCUCGACCCUGCUGCUCAAUCUAUGCCCACCUCUUCGCCCUUAUCGUUACCAACGUCAUUGGUAGUCCUCCGUGAUUACAGCAGUCAAUAUCGACAUCGUCGGUGCUCGGUACCCAAUCGCGGCUCAUGUUAUCCAGUUGCAUUGAUACAAAUCUUUUCACCUCUUGACUUUAACAACGGUCUUCUACGUGAAACCGCCGCGCGACAGACACUAGAUCAGUUCGAAGCAUUAGCCCCGUAUACAAACCAUGAAACCCUGUUAGUCGUGUCUGCGAUGGGCAAGGCUUGGCGGGCAUGGCAAAAGGAUUCACAUUUCACGGAAGAAGAGGUAAGGCGGUGGGGCCUAACUAAUAAUGUGUUCUGUAGGAAUAGCAUUUCAAGGCAGGAGGGGCAGGGGGGAAUGAGAGACUCAGAAUGGAUGGAAGAUGUCAGCAGUGAAGUCGGCCGAGAUGUAUUAUCGAGGAUGUGUGAGGACAUCAAGCGCCAGUUUCGUCCGGUUCCUCCCCGACGGCGUGUAGAUCGACGAGGGAGACGUUUAGCGUUAUGAACGCCAAGAGAAAAAUCUUGUAUUGGUGAACGACAAUGUAUGUUGUGGCCGACUCUCUUCGAGAGUUAAUAGGCAUCCAUAUCUCACUCCGCUGUAUUUUGAAUCUAAAUUUGCUGUCGCC